CAAUUACUUGCUUUCGAAUUCUAGAAAUCGAAAAGGUACUUGUGAAUAUGUACCAAACGCGCCGGGUAAAGAGAUGAAAAAAAAAGGUUACUACUUCUAUCUGUAUGAGAGGCGGAUAAGAAAAGGGUGAAGAAAACAAAGACGAGAGCAGUGUUGUUUUUCUUUUCUAGGGUUUACAAACAAAAACUAUCCCCAGUAAUUCUUUGUUAUCAUCUCUGAAUCGCGAAAUAAGGAUGGUGAGCAGUAGUGGUAUUAUUGAGGGUCUGUCUGUAAUGGAUAAGUCAAAAUGCAGUAAAGAGUGUUCUUCUAAGGUUUCUUCCGUAUCUAUUGAUUCGUUUAUAUCAACAAUAAACAAUGAGAAAGGGUAUCCAGUCGGUCUAAAGGUAUUGGCUGUUGAUGAAGAUGUUUCGUUUCUGGAGGAGCUUAAGGCCCUGCUUAUAGAAUCUCAGUACACAGGUACCAUGUGUUCUUCUGCAUCAGAGGCAUUGUCUAUGCUUCAAGAUAAAAAUCGCAAGUUUGAUAUCAUUUUAAUGGCCUACCCUGUCAACGACAUGGAGGAAUUUAAACAAAUUCAACAGCUUGCCAUGGAAGCAGACCUUCCUAUUAGAUACUUACUGCCAAAAGAUACUUCAUCUCUUGAUGUCCAGACCGUGAACGAUGUUUUUGGAGAAAAUUUUGCUAAGCUGUCCAAACCUAUCUGUCUUAGAUCAGUACAGUGUCUAUGGUUUCCUGUGGCAGGAAAGAGGGAAGAGUAUAUACGGAAGUUGGUAAAAGCAGAGCUCAUUGAUCGUUGGGCAGGAUCCAUGAUAUCAAAAUUACUAUAUUCACGUUGGGGUGAUGAUGGGAGUUUUAAAGAGUUGGUUGAAUUGAUUCAAAAAGUAGAGGAGGAGGAAGGAGAAGAUUCUGUGAAUGUUGAAGUCGAAGAGCAAAGAGAAGAUCAUAUGGAUGUUAAAGUCAAAGAAGAAUAUGCUUCCUUCUACUUAAAUGGAAAACAUAAUUUUCCGUGGAUGGCAUCGAAACUUCAUGAACAGUUUGUUACGGUAUUUUACCAAAUUGGAACCCGAAAAGCCGAUGCGCCUAAGAUUUUUGAACGCAUGAAUUCACCUGCUGGACUCACCAGGAAACACGUUGCCAUUCACCUUAAGGAGUUCCAGUUCCUGCGUGAAAAUUAUGCUCGGGAACAUCCAUCUAAGAUGCCCUAUAAUGAAGUAGCAGAAACCCUGUGCUCUAGGUCGAGGGUCUUUCCUGGUGUUCCCAAUUUAUGGCGAACGUACUGUGGCAGUUAUUAUGCUUAGCGUGGUGACGAGCAGGAUCCAUGUGUCUAGGUGCUGGGAUUAGUCGGUAUUCCUUUACAACGAUUUAGCUGCUUCUGGAGUUCUUACUCAUGCUAGUAAUAAUUUGCAUUCCUUAUGUUAGAAACUUAUCUUUUGAGUUUAUCAUAAUUUGGAAUGCUAGUUGUUCAUCAAGUUAGUUGACGAAACUGUCCAAUCUUUAUAUCCAAAAAGGUUGAAUUACUCUGGUCUAUGUGGUUCGAUCUUUUAAGGCAGUGUUCUUUUGUUGUAGCGAAUUUCACCGUUCUCUUCAGUUCAGACUUGUAAAUAUUAAGGCAGUUCUUUAUGGGAAAAUUCGUCAUGUGUACAUAUUUUUAUGGGAUGGAAAUGCUAGUGACCAAAUGUUUACAUUAGCAUUUGAGUACUCUUUGAUGUUUA